UUCAAGCCUUCAAACAGUGCUUUGUGACUUGUUGGGGUUUUCCUGCCGCUCCAGCCUGAAGGAGCUCAGGUGGAGAGAAGAGCUCACAAGCCCAGGACAAGUCCCGUCCUGGGAUGACGCCCCCUAAGGAAUGAGGAAGCAGGGAGCUGGCCUGUGACCCAGUGGGACUGAGGCGAAGAGGCCACCACAAGGAGGAAGCCCUUCACCAAGACACACAUUGGGAAAGAAGAGUCCGAGUGAGCAGAACUCUCCCGUCUCAAGACCAGCCUCCCCGGCGCUUUCCAGAGAUGGAUUAUUUUACUUUCCUCGUGGCUCUUCUUCAUCUACACAAAGCUCUUGGUGAAGAGGUAUUUUGGAACACAAGAGUGAAACUUGCAGAGACUCUGACUCUCGAGUGUCAGUAUCCAUUGUUGGGCACCUUAGUCCAGAUGGAGUGGUUCAAGAUCAAUGCAACGAAGAAAGAGUCCAUGGCCAUUUAUCACCCUAACUUUGGUUCGGUGAUAAGGGAUCCCUAUGCUGAUAGGGUUUACUUCUUGAAGUCAACCUCGGAUCCCAACAAUAUGAUGCUGGCCUUUUACAAUGCCUCUGAGGCUGAUAUUGGCGCCUAUUCCUGCCUUCUUGAAAUAUUCCCAUAUGGAUCUUGGGAAAAGGUGGUACAGGUAGUUCCACCAGAUAGUUUUGAGAUAGCUGUGCCGUCGGAUAGCCAUGUGAUCUCAAAACCUGGAGAAAACAUCACAUUCAUGUACGAACUUCAAACGAAGGAUCCCAUGCAACAAGUCACAUGGGAAAAGAUCCAGUCCCAUCAGAUUGACCUCCUAACCAGAUGCAACUUGUCCCAAGGGAAAAUCUCCCCCUCAAGGUUUAGGAGACAAAUACUGACCAACUGCAGCCAGGGGAUGAGAAGGAGCUUUAUCCUCUUGCCCCACGUUGAGGCCUCUGACUCCGGACUUUACCGCUGUUGCUUCAAGGCCAGCACAGGAGAAAAUGAAACCUUUGUCGUAAGGUUGACUGUAACUGAUGGUAAAAACGACAACCAACGUGUCUUCUGGAUAAUUGUAGGGACAGCUUUAUUGUUGGUGUUUGUUCUCCUAAUUCCCAUUGUCAUUGUCCUUCUGUAUAUCAGGAAGAGAUGCAGACAGAAAAAUAUCCAAGAUAAAGAAUCCCAGGCCACACAGAAUAAGGCAUCCAACAACAACAGAAGUUCCUUCUCUGUCAGCCAACCAUCAGAUGGUGCAGGAGAGGACAUUUAUGUCAACUACCCAACCUUCUCUCGGAGACCAAAGACUAGAGCCUAAGCAUUUUCCUUGAUCUGCACAAAUUUAUGAUGACUGUUAAAUCUAUAGAUCAUUAUACAGUUUCUUCCCACUAUUCAGUGUCUACUGUGGAUGCCAGUUGACUGAAUAUAUUUUACUUUCUUCAAUCCAAACAUCACCCUAUUUAAUUCCCCAACAAAACAAUGG